AAUGCCGUCUCAACUCAGAUGUUCAAAAUGUUUUUAAGUUGAGAUGGCGGCGGAUUAGUUUUUUUUUUACGUUUAUGGUCUGCGAGAUCUUUUUUUUAGCCGAUGCAUGUAUCGUGCGAAUUUUCAUUUUCACAGUCUAUUAGACUCAUCGUGUUAUUAACGAAAGAUCUCUCACGAGUCUCGUCCCUCCGUCGUUUGCUACACGUAAAAUCGACUUCAAAACGAUGAAAAGAUGUUCCGGAAUCUAAGAUCGGCGCUUGGAAAAAUUUGCCACGCGAAACCUCUGUGCUUGUGCAAACGCCGAUAUGUGACGAGGGAACCUUUCCAACCGUUGAAACGAUGUCCAAAAUGGGUUUGUGUGGAAGACGCAGUGAAGAUCAUAAACUCAGAGCACUUGGUUUUCAUACAAGGAGGCGCGGCCACGCCGAUUGAGCUUGUGCGCGGCAUGACCGAGCACGGGCUGUGCAACAAUCUACGCGGCGUCCGGUUGUUGCACAUGAGCCUCGAGGGAGACGCGCCGUUCGCCAAUCCGGAACUUGAGAAGCACUUCAGAUCCAUCAGUCUGUACGUCGGCGCUAAUGUCAGGGAGGCGGUGAACGAUGGACGAGCGGACUAUAUCCCGGUGUUCCUGCACGAGGCGCCGAAAUUGUUCUACGAUAAGAGGCUUGUGCCUGACAUCGCGUUGAUUCACGUGAGCAUGCCGGACGCGCGUGGAUUCUGUUCGCUAGGAGUCGGCGCGGAUUGCACCCGUGCUGCGGUCUGCACCGCGAAAGUCAUCAUUGCGCAAGUGAACGAGCACAUGCCGAGGACAUACGGCGACACGAUCAUUCAUUCGAGUCAUUUCGACUUGGCAGUGAGGUACGAUUGCCCUCUGCCCUCCGUGGCGAACAUGCAACCCAAUGAUCUCGAGCAGGAGAUCGGCAAAAUCAUCGCGCAACGACUGGUCGAAGACGGUGCGACGUUGCAACUCGGCAUAGGCAACAUUCCCGACGCGGUGCUACACGCUUUGAAGAACCAUAAAGAUUUGGGUAUACAUUCAGAGAUACUUGGUGACGCGAUGGUCGACCUUGUCGAGCUUGGUACCAUUACGAACAAGAAUAAGAUCAAGCACCGAGGUCGCAUGGUUAGUUCGAUGGCAGUUGGCACGAAGAAACUGUACGAUUUCUUGCACGCCAAUCCACUCGUCGAGAUGCUGGCGAUUAAUUACGUGAACGACCCUCGAGUGAUCUCGAUGCAGCCGAAGAUGACGGCCAUCAAUUCCUGCAUCGAAAUGGACAUCACUGGGCAAGUGUGCUCGGACAGUCUGGGCUGUAAGAUAUACUCCGGCUUCGGAGGCCAGUUGGAUUUCAUUCAAGGCGCGGCGAAGGGUCAAGACGGCAAUGGAAGAGCCAUCAUUGCUUUCCCCUCGGUCACUAGCAACGGGGAGAGUAAAAUACAACCGGUGUUAAAAAGCGGAGCCGGAGUGGUGGUCACGAGAGCCCACGCGCAUUACAUAGUCACAGAGCACGGAGUGGCGCAGCUUUACGGCAAAACGUUACGACAAAGGGCGAACGCGCUAAUUCAAAUCGCGCAUCCCGAUCACCGAGAAUGCCUCGAGAAGGCCGCGUUCGAACGGCUGAAGUCUAAUCCAACGAAAUAUCUGUAACACUCUUGUGACGUGUAAAUACAGUGGUCGUGUAUGAU